AGAUCGGUGAAAGAGACUUUAAUUUUUAUUUACUGCCAGAGAUUGACAUUGCUGAUCAUCUUUUGUUUUGUUUUAGGCAAGUCUUGGAAAGCCCUGAACCCUUCCCAAAAGAGACCAUAUGUGGAGGAAGCUGAAAGGCUGAGGGUGCAGCACAUGCAGGACUACCCCAACUACAAGUACAGGCCACGGAGGAAGAAGCAGCUUAAGGGUAUCUGCAAGCGAGCCGAUCCCAGUUUCCUACUUAACAACCUUUCUCCGGAUCAGAACUCCAUCCCGGACAACCGUAGACCAGGCCUGGACAAGAAGGAGGAAAGUGGCUACUCCUCCAGUCCAGGUCUCCCCAUCAUCAGAAGUUUUAGGGAGCCUCCAAGCUCUAAUGCCAGCUCUGGUACUUACCCGUAUGGGCUGCCCACCCCACCUGAGAUGUCACCGUUGGACCAUAUAGACCAUGAUCUGUCCUUCUACUCCUCUUCCUGCCCUGAAGAAGCUCGUCCCCAUGGGAACAGACAUACCUACCAUCCCGAAUACACCCAAAGCAACAACCAGUGUGAUGGCCACCUGGGUCAAAUGCCCAUGUCUCAAGCAGGGUCUACUAUGAUUGUCUCUGCUUCCAGCUGCCCACCCCCGCUCUUUUACUACACCCCACCUUAUAACUCCAUGCAGCACCACAUCCUAACCCACCGGGGUCAACUGUCCCCACCUCCAGAGCAACAAAAUCUGGAGACCUUAAAUCAGAUCAGCCAAGCAGAACUCUUAGGAGAGAUGGACAGGAAUGAGUUUGACCAGUAUUUAAACUCCACAGGCCACCCAGAUCACAAUGGGGUGACCAUCACUGGGCACAUCCAGGUCACUCCAGCAGCUUGUACCAACAGUUCUUCAGAAACCAGUCUCAUCUCCGUGCUGGCUGAUGCUACAGCAGCUUACUACAACAACUACGGCAUUUCCUAAACCAUAAAAGGACUACUAAGACAUAAACAUUUUGAUCCAUCUGAACGGUUCAGUAUUUCUACCACAGGCAGAGAAUGAGAGCUAUGAGAGACCUACAGUAGUGAAUUGACAUCUCAGGGUUGCACGGACAAAAAACAAUAAAAUGUAUAAUUUAUUUUAUAUUCAUGUUGUUGAUAAACUCUCCACUGUACUAAACAAGUUUAUGGAACUGGCUGGUGUUGACUGUCAUUGUUUCCUGUAUAGAUGCUGUUAACCCUAUUUAAUGUGUUUACAUAACAAUUGCAUUUUGGUUGUCUUGAAUUUACUUUUUUUGCUAUUGCUGUUGUUGCUUUCCUUGGAGUUUGGGCUUAUGUCUGUAUUACGUAACUGACUUCCUCUCUUUUUUUUUGAAUGACAUGUCUUAUGUAAAUCUUCCUACUACAUGUAAGAAUAUGUCCAUGCUGCAUUCAUUUUGGUGUAAUAUGAAGAAAACACUUACUGUCGUUCUGAUAGCCUGUUGUUACUGGGCUUCUAAAUAUUUACUCGUUAAAAAAAAAAAAAAAGGUUGUUAAUUUAGGCUUGAGAAAUUGAUUACCUUUAAAUAAAAUAUAAACUUUUAUUCACA